GUGAUUUGGACAUGGCCGCUCCCAGCCAUAGACAGUAAAAGAAGCUGAGUGUUCUAAGCAUGAGUCACGGCAGAACAUUAGGAAUAUUAUUUUGUUCGAGAGCCAAGCGUUAACUCGCAGAAAAAAAAGGGUCUAUUUUGCUGUGUGCAGGAGAGCGAGAAGUGGACGAUGCUUGUGUGUUCACUGGGAACUUUCUGACAGACUACUGUAUUUGAAGUCUCCCGUUCCUGGAAACCUCUGUCACACUUCCACCCCGCGAUCAUGCAGCUGGAUCCUGUGCUGGUUGAAUCCGGCGUGGUGUUUGGCAUGGUAUUUUCCGUUCACUAUGCCGUGUGGAACCAGCUGUCCUGGUGUUGCAUCGCUCUGGCCAUCCAGGCUUUUUAUGUGCAGCACAAAUGGGAUCGGCUCAUUCGGACCGGCGCCGCCGUGUUCCAGUUCCGGCCUUCGGCUAACAGCGGCGUGUUACCGGCCAGCAUGGUGCUGCCGCUGCUGGGACUGGCUUUGAGGGGACGCUGCAUCGCUGUGGGGAACGUUUACAUGGAGCGAUUCGCAAUGGUCAUAACAGUGAUCGGUAUGAUGCUGGCACUGUUCCUAUCGCUCAUCGCUUUGGGAAUCACGCGCCCGGUGCCCACAAACACCUGCGUUAUAGCCGGCAUCGCCAGCAGCGCCAUUCUGUACACAGUCAAGCAAACACUAACAGUCUCCGAGGUGAUCGAAGUCUUGGAGGUGUUGCUUAUUUUUGUGUAUUUAAGCUUAAUCCUCUUGUAUCUCCUCCCACGCUGCUUCACUCCCGGCGAAGCCCUCCUCAUCCUCGGCGGGAUCAGUUUCAUCAUCAAGCAGCUCAUCAAGCGCUCCCUGGCGUCGUCCGGGAACGGGAACGCCGACCCACUCAUGUAUUUCCUGCCAGUCGCCGUGUUAGGCUUAGUGCUGCUGGGAAUCUUCUUCGCCGUGCUUUUCGUAUUCAUGGAAUUGGAAACUUGGUCAGCGUCGCUUUUCUUCCACACCAUGACGGCCGUUUUGGGAUUGGGCCUAUUGGUUCCAUGGCUUACCCUGCUCACGCAGCAUCACCCCAUCACCUGGUUUUUAAAUUUCAUCACCGAAACCAACACUCGCCUCUGGCUGAUUGGAUUCUGGGCCGCUUUGUUGCUUCUAGCAGUUGGUGUUGUGAUGCAUCAAAAUAGUCAUCGCUCCGCUGGAAGCAAGAAGCACCAAGCAUCGACGACCGUGCGAAAGUACUUCCACUUCCUAACCGUGCUAACCUUCGUACCCGGACUCGCUCUAGACCGUCCUCUUCUUCAGCUAGCCUCAGUCGUAUGCCUAUCCGCGUUAUUGUUCCUCGAAUUCGUCCGCUAUUUCCGCAUCCGACCACUCGGACCACCCUUGCGAAACCUUCUUACUUUAUUCCUGGAUGAGAGAGACUCAGGACCGCUUAUUCUCACCCAUAUCUACCUUCUCCUUGGCGUCGCCCUUCCAGUCUGGCUCACACCCGCAUCCUGCACCCCUAAAGGAGGCCUAGGGGGCGCCGGUGGCCUGGUGCCAUACGCCGGUGUGUUGGCAGUAGGGGUCGGUGACACCGUGGCAUCUGUUUUCGGAAGCGCAGUCGGCGAGAUCCGCUGGCCUGGCACUAAGAAGACCUUCGAGGGCACGGCGACCUCCGUGUUCGCUCAGAUCAUCGCCGUGGUGGUUUUUCUCAUCGCUGACAGCAGUAUAAACCUGAACGCCAGCUACUCGUGGGUCGUGGGCUCAAUCACAAUGGUGGCCAUGCUGGAGGCGUAUACUUUGCAGAUAGACAACCUGCUGCUCCCUCUGUACCUCUACAUCCUCCUGCUGCUUUGAGAUCAGACCCAUCACAGAUCAUACCAUUAUGCCAAUGCACAGAUAUUAACAGCAUUAAAUUCAGACGGUACAGCCCUAGUAUUGUGAGUUUGCAAAGCAGAAUGCAAUAAUGAAACGUCAUUAGAGUGUUUAUGACCCUUGUACAGUGAAUAGAAAUGUGGUGAAUGUGGUUUCUUAUAGUAUUAGAGUGAAGCAAACUAGAAAAGUACUUGAUAUUGUAAACAACAUACAAAAUGGCACAAAAUCAAAUGUCUGAUGGUGAAAUUUUCAUGUUUUUUUUAUUUGAAAACAAAGUUUUGUGCCGCUGUUGGUAGCUUUAAAGGGAUAUUCCUUCCAAAAAAUUAUUAAACCCAUUCCAAACCCAUAUGAAUUUCUUUCUUCAGCCAAACACAGAAGAUAGAACACAGGUUUCAGAUCCCAUUGACUUCUAUAGUAUUUAUUUUCCUUACUAUGGGAGCCAGAACAGAACCCUUUAAAUAUUCUUCUUUUACAUUUUUAAGGUUUACAGGUGAUAAAUAUGUUGUUUUGAGUGUUUUUUUUUGUGUGUGUGUGUGUGUGUGUCCCCAGAGAAAGCUCUGAAGUCUUGAGACGCUGUUAAUAUUUCAUUCGUUCAAAUCCUCUCACUCCAGUUUAAAUGACAGGGAUUGAGUUGCACAUUAUUAAAAAAGAAAUGGAAAAUGUAAUGCCCUUUAACAAUGUCUGCACUCGCACAAACGCAUCUUGGAUGCAAACACUGAAGGAAGGACACAGUCUACAUUUUGUGUGUUUUAUUUAAAUAAAUCUCAUGAAAAAAUGUCUUCUGUCUUUUGUUUUAUAUUUUCCAUAAAUCUGUUUUCCAACGUCUUGUAAAAAUGCUAUAUGAAUUGAAGUUUUCCGGGGUUUUUUUUUUUUAACAGCACAUUUCUACAAAUUUAAAAUGUAAAAAAUCAAUUAUUGUAAUGCAAUAUAUAUUCAAUAUUUAAAAUAUAAUAUUAUAAUAAUUCAUAUUAUAAAUUAUUAAAUAUUUUAUAGUUUAAAUGACAGGUUUUCUUUUUUUUUUUACAACGUACAGACUAUCAUUUUGUAUUUAUAUUUGGUAACUUUAAUACUAUUAUAAUAUUUAAUUAAACAUUGAAAACAUUUUUGCAUUACAAUAAUUAGACUUUUUUUUUUUUUUACAUACUGUAUCACCCUUGACAUGUUUUAGCAGUUUUAUCAGUUAUGCAAUUGUAAUAUAUACUUUCAGUCCUUUAUCACAGCAUACAUGCAUCAUUUGAGCCAUCGAAGAACACCAUUGUUUUUCUAUUGUAUAACAAAAAUACUCAAAAAUAAUUUUGAUGCAAUCAUUAGAAUUUGCCUUUUUGUCCAAUGCAAUAUGAAGGACUGGUAGCAUAGCUUGUCGCCUUAAAAAGUGUUUUGUAUUCUGAAUAUUUCAGUGCUAUCAGUGGUUUGUCUGCAUGGGUCUAUAUGUAGGAGGCAGUAGAUAUUAAUAUACAGAUCACUAUAUUGUAAAUGCAUGUAUGUAAUUCAGCUGUUGUGUCUUUACUCUGAUAAAGAUUGUGUUAAUUAUG